GAUCCCUGCAAGUCUGAAGAAACAUGACCGCCCCUUCUUCUCAAAAAGUUGUGCUGAAAAGCACCACCAAGGUGUCCCUGAAUGAGCGGUGAGGCGCUACGCAUCCUGACAGCAUUAUCUCAAGGCCGGGGGGAAAAGCAUUCAGAGAUAACUAAGGCAUGAAGCCUCAAGACACGUGUACUAUGGAGGUCAUUGAGGGGGAGACAUCAGAUCUGACAUGGACGCUAGACUGCCCGCAUGGUGUGCUCCGCUUACCCAACAAGACGUCGGUUACUUGAGUCGAUGUAUAAGAUCUAAUAAUGUGCCAUGUUUGGCGAGGCGUCUCUUGUGUAAGCAGCGCACACCCGGAGGUGAGAGGGUAAUGGUGGUGAGGUAAGCCGACUGCACUUGAGUUCUCUGCAGAAGAGCAUCCUCGACCAUGGGAAUGAGUUGAUAGUGCAGGAUGCUUCACAAACAUGCUGAAGAACAAGCAGCCGACAGUGAGUAGCAUCCGGGCGACCAUGCAGCAGCAGCACAUGGCCAGUGCGCGCAACCGCCGGCUCGCUCAGCAGAUGGAGAACAGGCCCUCUGUGCAGGCUGCCCUGCAACACAAACAGAGCCUGAAGCAACGACUUGGGAAGAGCAACAUCCAGGCCAGACUGGGUCGGCCCAUCGGCACAUUAAUGCCGGGCGGCGGCAGAGGACGAGGUUUUCCUGGAGGAUUGCGUGGAGCUGGACGAGGAUUGCGAGGAAGAGUGAGAGGCGGUUCUAUGAGAGGAGCACUCUCUCUUAGAGGUGCUGGUCCGAUGAGAGGUAGGGGUGGUCCUGGACGUAUCGGUCUCCGUCGAGGCAUGCGUCAGCGCGGAGGACCUACAGGACGGGGAGCUUUUGGUGGCCGAGGUGCAGCUCGUGGAGUAGCUGGAGGAAGAGGCCGGGGAGGUCUGAGAGGUCGCGGAGGAUUUGCUGGAAGAGGUCGUGGACGCGGCAGAGGCCGAGGAGCAGGUCGUGCCAUCGUCACACGUGAGCAGUUGGACAACCAGCUUGAUGCUUACAUGUCCAAGACCAAGGGCCACCUGGAUGCCGAGUUGGACGCAUAUAUGGCCCAGGCCGACCCAGAGAGCAUGGAGUAACCACAGCUGAGCUGAGAGAGAGCAGCUCUCCAAAGAUCUGCAGAUAAUAGACUGGCUGACAAACACACAGAACCAUGAAAGCUUUUGCUCUUGGACACUCCCGAUGAGACAUUUAAACUUGAAGUUUGUACAAAGUUAUGUAUCCAUCCCACUUAUGUUCAAUCAUCUGACUCAUUACUUGCAUUUCCUAAGCCGAAUGCUGUACCAUCCAUAAAGCCUCACGACAGUUUAUGGUUCUAAAACGCAGGUCCUCUUAGAAAGGUUUUGGCCGUGAAGUGAAGGAAAAAAAGUUUUCCAUUGAACUAUAAUAAGAGAUUGUACUUGCUAUUUUGUCGGCCAAAAUUCUGAAAAUGACCCAAUGUGUGAACUCAUCCAGUGGUGAAACAUGGUUUAUAUCGAUGAACAUUACAGCAAUGUCAUUUACCUUUUUAUUAUUGUAUUUUUAUUACGGUUUUAAAAGUAGAAAUUUUACUUGGUAUACGCAAUCUUGAUACGUCUUUUUUUUUUCAAUGUUAAAAGAUGGUUUAAAGUAUAUUGUAACCAAUUCUCUUUUUUUUUGGUUUCAAAUAAAUCUUUGCCAAUGAGA